UGUUGCACACCGACAUCCACAUGACAGCAGCAGCGUGUGUCCUUUUCAGGGUCCAUCUCUAGUGACUUCUGAAUAAACAAACAGAAAUACCGCACACAUGACAUGAAGCUAUAAGUCUAUGUGACGCAGCAGGUGAUGAGGAUGAGGAUGUUCCUGCGCUCGUGUUCUCUGGCAGUGAGCUGCUUCAGGAAUCCUGUGUUCUCCACCAGAGUCUUCAGCUCCAGCCGCAGCGCUGGGAAAGAUGCGUCAGGAGAGAGCGCUCUGGAUCUGGACGCCUGGAAGACGGUGAUGAGGGCUCAAGCGCCGCGGGAGGAGAGCGAGAGUCCGAGUCGCUCAGCGCUGGAUGAUAACCGCGAGCUGGUGGAGAUGUGGCAUCAGGCGGGUAAGUUCGUUCCCAAGAACAUCACGGACGAGCAGCUGCAGGAUCUCGCUCAGCUCACGACCAGAUCCGCCAAGAAGAAAUACCUGAAGUUCCUGGCCAUUAAAGAGUCACACAAGAUCUCCAAGAAGGAGAAGCAGGAGAGGAAGAGAUCCGAGAGGGACGCCGAAACUGUGACGUUUAAAGAGGACGUGAAGGAAGACGAAGGUGAACCGAAGAACACUUUCCUCCUGCGGUUCUGGAGCAGCUCCGCGGAUCGAGUGCAGAGCUGGAGAGCGGCGCAGGCCAUGCGCUUCGGUCAGCCGCUGGUGUACGAUAUGAGCUACGAGCAUCUCAUGAGCCGGCGGGAGAUGGAGAACACCGUCACGCAGCUGAUGGAGAGCGAGGGCUGGAACCGGCGCGCCGCGGACCCCUUCCACCUGCACUUCUGCGGCCUGCAGCCGGACGGAGCAUAUCUACACGAGCUGCGCAGACGCUACGGCUCGCACACAUGGGAUCGACUGCUGAUCACAGCCACCGAGAGAACGCACCUGGAGAUGUUUCCUCAGAAGGAUCUGGUGUAUCUGACGGCCGAUUCCAAGCAGGUUCUGCAGGAGUUUGAUCACAGUAAGGUGUACAUCCUCGGUGCGAUGGUGGACCGCUCCAUUCACUCCGGCGUGUCUCUGGCCAACGCCAAACGCCUGCGACUGACCACAGCACGCCUGCCGCUGGACGAGCAUCUGGACUGGGAGUGUGGAGCCAAGAACCUGACCCUGGACCAGAUGAUGCGCAUCCUGAUCACGCUGAAGCACACGGGCUGCUGGAAGAAAGCGCUGGAGUUCGUGCCCAAGAGGAAACACGCCGGCUUCACGGGAGUCACAAAGAGUCGCUUCGUUCGGAACGAUUCAUCAGAGAUUCGCUUCGCCGCUGGAGUUCAGAGCAAGCUGAACAAAAAACCAGCAGAGAGAGCCAAACACUGGGAGGAUCGGGAGGAAUACUGACGUCACCUUUACUGACGCUUUCUGUGAUCCUCGUUACUCUCAUCAAUAAUAAAUCAGGAUUUCUGAUUCCUCCUACAACAAGCUGUUCUUUCAUAUGGACAUGAGUAUGAAAUUAUUUAUGUACAUAGUAUAAUUAUUAAAGCAAAAUCAUAAGA